GACGAACCGAGUCAAAGCCAACUUACCUCCCCAGACCAGGCCUGCGGCAACAUCACCCUCCGCUAGACGAGUGACGUCGCUGCCCAACUCAAUGACCUCUCCAACGAAGGCGCAACCAAGAACGGCCCCUUCACCAAAGACGUUGCUGUCGAAUGCUUGCACUAGAAAGAAUGAGCCUGGCUAUGAGCUGCAGACCUGAUGCAGAGCAUACCAUCGGUCGGGUUUUGGGCGACAUGUGACAGUUUGACCAGGACCUGAUUUGCUGUUGGAGAAGGCCUGGGGAUGUCUUCUUUUGAUAGCUUUGGUGGCUGCCCCACGGCCACACGUACAACGAGCGCUGUGUUGGUCGCCAUGGUCUGCUCGAUGGGAAUGAGUUGCUCCAUGAUCGCUAUCCAGAUGAAUCUAUGCAGUAAUCGUCAGAGGGGUGAGACGGAGAUUUAUGCGUUUGUCGUUAAAGAUGACGCAAAACAAGGCCACUGAAGAAUGGCAAGUGGAAGCGCCGACGGGGGGCCCGCCAAGUGGUUCCAGACUCUCGGCGCUUCCACUUGCCCAACGACCUCGCCGUCCCCCGCAUCUGGCUUUUCUCAAUCAUCCCUACUGUGCCUGCUCAGGCAUGCUUUGGCGGCGAUUCGCAAGUUGUGGGCUCUCAUGGUCAUCUUACCGCAAGGAGCAAUACCGCAUCAUGCCACUGUCUCCAGAGGGCGGUAUCGAUACGACAGUGAGCAAGGGCGAUGAUGUUACCCUGCCAGGGACAAGUAAGAAAAGAACUAGAACUGGCUGCUUGCCGUGCCGGCGCCGGCGACGGAAGUGCGAUGGAGCCCGCCCAGGAUGUCGAAAUUGUGAAUCGUGGGGGUUUUCCGGUCGAUUGUGGAUGAGACAGAAGACAUUAUCCGUAGCUACCAUAUUUCUGAUGAUGUGCGUCCUUGCCCCUGGAUCAACCGUGAACUCUAGAACCGACAAAACAGGGCGUACUCGUGGGGAAUGGCGCCACGCCAUGCAACUCCAAUAGUCUUGGGACCGAAAGUGACUCGAAUUCGUCUGAUGUGUAUUGUAUCUCUGCACCGGAUCUCAAUGGCAGGUGGAGGCUAGGAAGUCGGAUCAGCAUUGGAGAUCUGUUAUCG